AUGCAGCGGGUGGAGCGUCUUCAGCUGGAACAUGUUCUGCAGACUGUGUGUGUGUUGGAGUCUGUUGUCCGCCGCAGUUUUGGCCCAGAAGGAGGACAAGUGCUGUUCACAAGAGACACGGGACAGGCAAUGUUGAGCCGCAGUGGGACUCGCAUUCUCACUGCACUUCGACUGGAGCAUCCACUGGCCAGGAUGGUGGUGGAGUGUGUUUUGAAACACAGCACUGUAACAGGUGAUGGGUCCAAGACCUUUAUCCUACUGAUGGCUUCAUUACUACGGAUCAUUUAUACAACAGCCUGCAAGGAGCCUACUGUCUCUCACACCUAUAACUCCAAGGCAGCUGCAGAGGCUGCCACUGCCAGGCACUUGGCUGACAAAAUGCUGGCAUUUGCAUUGGAGGAGCUGGAUGAUCUCAUUGCCAUAAGAGUGGUCCCGUAUGGAAGCUGUCUUUCAUGGGAAGAUUUUACUGCAAAAACACAAUCACCAGCGCACUCAAACAAUCACUCUGUUCAAAAUCUGCUGGCAUCCUUCUUUCAUUCACGUCUGGGUCGCACCCACUGUGACUUAAUGAGCAGCCUCACAUGUGAACUGCUCACUCACUGGAAGUCUGAAAAUGACUCACCUUCCUCAUCACUUCACUUUGUAAACGACAACUUUGCCGCCUUGCAUACACCUGUGUCAGGCUUCCCUAUUAGUUGUUCACGUUUGAUAAAGGGGCAAGUCAUUCACAGGGACUUUGCCGUGCUCUGCCCUCAGACUGACCAGCAACCAAUUAAAGCUGUCGUUUUCACUGGGUACCUGCAGCCAAAAUUGCUCAGUGCAGGAGAAGUGCUGGAGCUGGGCUGUGGAGAGCAAGGGAAGCAGAGAAAUAUUGUGCAGUUUAGCGCCUGGGCUGAAAGGUCACUGGAGAGUGUCAUUGCGAGCCUGCAGAGUUUGGGUGUCUCUGUGCUCCUGUCUGCAGCGAAACAGUCUGCUGCUGUCCUGGCUUUAGCUGCACAGGCAGAGAUGUCCAUUGUGGAGUGUGUCAGUGAAGAUGAGCUGUCUCUCUUUGCUAGGCUAAGUGGGGCCACACCUGUCAGAGACUGCUGGAUGAUUGAACCAGAGCAUGUUGCUACACUGACCUUUUGCAGACCAAUACUGCUGGGAGCCCAUAGGUAUGUCCAUUUAGCUUUCCAUGAUGCAGAGGAAAGGGUCACGGUCAAACCCUGUAGUCUGGUCAUUUGUGGCCUUGGGGAAGGGCAAACUGACCAGUAUGCUUGUGCACUUCGAGAUGCUAUCCGCAUGCUACUUUCAACGUGGGAGCCCAUGGGUAUCACUGCAACUACCGCAUCAAAGAGGACCUUGCAAUCAAACAAUAGCACUUCUUUACAUACAGACAAUCAGUUCCCCAAUGCAACUCCCUUCAAGCAGUGUGUGUUGGAGCCAGGCUGUGUUAUACCUGCUGGUGGGACAUUUGAGUUUCUCUUAAACCAUGCCCUCCUUCAACAUGGCAGCAAUUGCUCAAUUUCUGAUGACACAAUUAUGGGUGUCCCUGCUGUUUCCCAGCUAUUGGCAAAAGCUUUACUGACAGUGCCCCGACAGAUUUACUCCCACAGUCCACGACGGUUCCUACAGACUCAAACCAGACUUCUGAGUUUCAUUCAAAAUCAUUCGCACCCUUCCAACCUCUCAUACAAACAAGAACACAACUCAGUCCUCGUACAGGUUGGGGGUGAAAGUGAAUGUCCUCCGAAAGAGGGUAAACUAACUAAGCUCUGUUGUGGAGAAGAUCAGGUGUCACCAAAGGUUUUUAUGUCGGACUCAGGCCUUGAAUCUGUCUCCUGUAAAUACCAGGUACUUUUGGCCGUGCUGCAGUGUGUCUCAAGUAUUCUCCGUGUGGACACUGUGCUGCACACACACACUCAGUCACACAGACUUCAAAACAUUUCCUGGGAGGGCACAGAGGAUGAGGCUGAAGACUGAGAUUGUAUUAUGUCCAAAGUUGAAAGCUAUAAACAUAUUUUCUCUCAAUACUCAGGUAUCAUUCUAAAGUAUGAGGAAAAACUUUGAACAUAUUGCAACAGCUGUAUUUUUGUAUGGCCACCGUGUUUUUUUUUUUUGCCUUACUACAAUAUAUUUGUAAUGCAAGUUUAUACUUCCACUGAGAUAGUAAACUGUAUUUCAUGGCAGCACUUGGCUAAUCAAAUUUCAUGGUGCUUCUGUACCAACGUGUCCUGAAUCAAGGAUAGGUUUGGCUAUCAGCAAACUAACAGUAAAAAAGAAAACAUCAAACAAAUUAAUGUUGAUCUUUGUA